GUUAGUUACUGAGAACAAUGAAAUCUGGAGCUGUUUCCUACGCGGUGGGUCAGUCCGAAUUAUACGCUUUAAGAGGAGAGAGCUUAGCUCCAUUAUAAGAAGGCAGGAGAUGGGCAAAUCGAUGGAAAUGCCUUGCGUGAUGGAUCACUACAAAGUUGUAAUUUUAGGUGCUGCUGUAGUGGGCAAAUCAUCGCUGGUGCUGCGCUUUGUUAAGGGCAAGUUUCAUGAGUACCAGGAGAGCACGAUAGGUGCUGCCUUCUUCACACAAACCAUUUGCAUAAAGGAUACGGUGGUCAAGUUCGAGAUCUGGGAUACAGCCGGUCAGGAGCGGUAUCACAGCUUAGCUCCCAUGUUUUAUAGAGGUGCGCAGGCCGCCGUCGUUGUCUACGAUAUACAGAAUCAGAACAGUUUUCAGUGUGCAAAAACUUGGGUCAAAGAACUACGUAAUCAAGCCCCACCGAACAUUAUCAUUGCGUUGGCUGGCAAUAAGGCGGACUUGUCUAACAUUCGCGUUGUUGAGUUUGACGAGGCGAAGCAAUACGCAGAGGAGAACGGAUUGUUGUUCAUGGAGACGUCCGCGAAGACGGGCAUGAAUGUCAAUGAUAUCUUCUUAGCAAUUGCCAAGAAACUACCGAAGAACGACAACAAUCAGGGAUCUGUUAUAAAACUAAAUGGAAAUGAACCGACUCAAACGACGAAAAACUGUUGCAAGUAAUGUCCCUUUGUAGAAAAUGAAAUUUCCAACGAGAGAUUUGAAAAGUUUAUGGUGAUAAGCAAAUAUUCUAAAUAACGCAUUAGAAAUAAUAUGGUAAACAAUAAAUAUGAAAGCGAACGUUCACGUCGUGUCGUAGAAAAUUGAAUUGUAAAGAAAACAAAACGAAACAAGUUAGAAAGCUACAGUCGAGUGUGCUCGACUGUGAGAUACCCGCUACCCAUUUUGAAUAAAAGCAAAAUAUUGCGGUAUUUUUCUCAAAAUAUACUGAAAUACCAAAAUACUAAAAAUAUACCAAAUUAUGUAUUUGUUAUAUAUCGAUAUAAUACCGCAUUCAAAAUAUACCAUAGACCGCACAAUAUACUAGAUUGUAGGCGUUUUCGCCUCAUACAAAAGUGUUUCUUUAAUAACUUACACAAUUUUUAUCUGAUCCCAAUCAAAUUUUCAAGACUCAUAAAUACUAUAGUUAUUAUUGUAUACACCAGAUCUAGCUUUGAAAUUACGUUUGUUAUUUGAUUUUUUUUAAUUUGUGGGGGCGGAAGGGGGCGUGGCAAAAAUUUGAAACAAACUUGAUCUGAGUGCAAACAUAACAAAUGCUGUCGAAAAAUUAUAGCUCUAUCUCUUAUAGUCUCUGAGAUCCAGUGUUUCAUACGGACGGACGGACAGACGGACAUGGCUAGAUUGUAUCGGCUGUUGACGCUGAUCAAUAAUAUAUAUACUUUAUAGGGUCGGAGAUGCCUCCUUCUACCUGUUACAUACAUUUCCUGCCGGCACAAAGUUAUAAUACCCUUUUAUCCUAUGGGUAGCGAGUAUAAAAAUGAAUCACAAUUAUAUUGCAUUCCUUCACUUCAUAUCAAAUCGUAAAUUUUUACACCGCUUUUAGCUAUACUUAGUUUAAUUGUGAUAUAUUUAGUUAGUUACUGAGAACAAUGAAGUCUGGAGCUCUUUCCUAUGCGGUGGCUCAGUUCGAAAUAUACGCUUUAAGAGGAGAGAGCGUAGCUCCAUUAUAAGAGGGCAGGAGAUGGGCAAAUCGAUGGAAGUGUCUUGGGUGAUGGAUCACUACAGAGUUGUUAUUUUAGGUGCUGCUGAAGUGGGAAAAUCAUCGCUGAUUGCAAAUUACACGCAAGGCAAGGAUCUGAGUUAUAAGGAAACGACACUGAUUUCCUCUUACCAUCCAAUUUAUCCGGAGAAGACGAUAAGAUUAGAUUGUUGGGAAUUGGCUGGAAAUGAGCGCAUUGCUUUCGAUUUACGCUUCGGGUUUCCUUGACACUGCGCGUUACUAUGUUGAUUGCACUUAAAGUAAUCGUUUAUGAAUCCGUUCUUCGUAUUUAUGAGAAUCUAAUUAAAGAACAUAAUACAAAUCGACUGAACUAUAUAUACAAUUCCCGAGUACUGGAAUUGCACUCAUCUAAUUACAUGCUCAGUUUAUGGUAUAAGCUCGUAGAGUACGUAUCAAAAAACAAUUAUGGGACGGUCCUCCACUAUCAAUAAGGUCAGCAGAUUCGAUGUUAUGUUGCUUGGUGAUUCAGGUGUGGGCAAAACAUCAUUACUCAUGCGGAUUAUGGACGAAAAAACUAUAGAGUUAAAGAAAACAUCAAAUACCACUGGACCUGAGCAAAUGAUAAAGACGAUUGUAUUGCCUGAUGCCUAUAUAAGACUUAACAUUUGCGAUACUCCUGGACCUGAACGUUUUAUUCACCUGCUGCGAACAUAUUACAAAAAUUGUCAAGGUGCACUACUCGUGUACGAUAUACAGAAUCGAAAGAGCUUUGAAAGGGUUCAGGAUUGGGUGUUUACCCUCAGAGAGGAGAUUUCAUCAGAAUUCGUAAUCGUUUUGGCUGGCAACAAAAUGGAUAUGGAAAACAAUCGGCAUGUGUCGAAAGAAGAAGCUAUACAAUUUGCAACUGCGCAUAACUGUUUAUUUUUGGAGACAUCUGCAAUGAGUAAGGAAAAUGUGUCAUAUACUUUCAAAGCGCUUGUCUUGGCACUACAUAAUCAGCAAGAAGAACGCAAUAAGGUUGCAAAAAACCAAGUAUACAGCAAUGAAGUUGACCCCGAUCCUGAGGGGAGGCAGAAUGAGCAAAGACGAUAUUUUUUUCAUUGCUCCAUCUGUUAAACAAUUCUUUAUGCGAUCCGGCAACGCCAUGUCGCGAAUGCUUUUUAAGUUGGCUGCACUUACGGUCGGCAUAAAUAAGUAUAGCUUACCGUUAGCAAAUAGUAAAGCCUUGAAAUUAUUGCUUUUAUUAACUCAUUCUAGUUUUUAUUUUGAAAUCAUAACUUGAAAUAAAUAGUACAUACUUAUUAUAUGUAGUUCUCGAUUACAUUUUACAUUUUAAUUUUCAAUUUUUCUUUUACUUUACUCUCGCAUUUUAA